AUGGCGGCGAGAGGGGUAUCUUGCCUCCUGAGAAGAACCCUAGCACCGGUUUCCUUCCGGUCGCCGCUCAACUCCAGGGGCAUCGGAACCGAUCUCGUCAGUGCGCAUACCGCGAAAUGGAUGCAGGUAAGCGGGACCCCUUCCCUUCGGAAGGAUCCACAUGGGGGAGGAGAAGAACCCUCUGAUUCUUGCCUAAUUGUAUCGCAUUCAUCUCUUUCUGAUUCGUCUCCACAUUUCAGUGGUAUCCGUGCCCGUCUUCUGAAAUGCUUGAUUUCUUCCAUAAGCCUCUUCUGGAUGGGCGGUGCGGGUGGGUGGGCGUGAAAUUGGUGUAGGAAGUCUCUUAGGACACAAGUCGACAUCAAGGAAAAUGGGAUUGAUGGAGAUAAUUCAUAGUGACUGAUCGUGCCUUCUUUAGAGAGCUCGGGUCAUUUAGUUUUCCAUUUUUAAUCCAUUACCAUUGCAGAAGAUGUCGAUGGGACCAUCCAUUUGGUUCAAAUCGUUUAUUGUGAAAUAUUUAUCAUCUUCUGAAUUUUAUGAACUUAUUAAAAUGGCACGAUCCCUAUGAAGCCUUCUUUCAUGGCUCUAAUCUCGAGGCUUUAUUUUAAGUAAACAUGAGAUCGACCUUGGGCUUUUGGCAGCUUGAGUUUUCUGUCAAGUUCUCCGGCAUCAGUCCCUUGAGUAAUUUCAUGUCAAAUACACAGAUCAAGUUAAAUCAUAUGCUGAAAGUACAUAGGCCGCCUAGCCUGCUCUAUGGAAACUGAUUUUGAGUUGAAUGACAUGGUUCUUUCUCAUGGAAUCGAAGCUCUAGUUUACGUCCUGGAUCUACUCCCCGUUAAUUUUUUUCGGACAACAGAUCGCCAGUAUGGAUAUUCCCAAAUUUAGCACAGCAGUACUUUCGCACAUCUUUGGUUCUUGGUGAAACCCUGAGACCUACUCCCUUUUUGAUGAAUCGGGGACAUGACAGGGCCCUUUACAACGGUAUGGUGUUCUACUCGUCAGAAAAGGUGCUCUUCAGUCAUGUAACCUAGGAUAUUGAGCAUACUGGUUGGAGGGUACGGAUACAGUUCGCUCUUUGUCAUGUCUUCUUUCAUUGAUAUUGAGAUAAAAGCCUCGGAAGGGUGUUUGCAUAGUAACUUGUUGAAUCUCUAAGGCCAACUCGGGUUCUUCAUCAGAUGUUGCUCCGGCCAUGAAUUGCUGUUAGGACAAUCUGGCUUUUGGGCAUUGAAUAUUUACAAGUAUUUUCGAGCCAGAGAAAUUACUUUUUAUGCUGGUUCCUAAAGUUCUUGUAGAGUAUUUGACGGUUUUUUUAGGAGAUCGACUAACUGCAAACUUGAUUUGUAAUAACUUUAGCAUUUUGAAUGGAAACCAAAAGGAUGUGGAAAUACAUCACCUUGUUCUUCUUAGCCAUUCAUAUUGCUGUUCUCCUGAGGUGAACCCGUUGACAUUAAUGUUUUGAUAAGCAGAAUUCAGAAAUGAACUGGUCCUUUUCUGCCUACAGAUCUAAUUGUAGUUCAGGUUCUGAUUCUGACAUGAAGUGGGUCUUUACCUGUGAGUACAAUCAAACCAACGGGAAGAGGAAAGGUAGACAAAGAAUAAGAUGGAGAAGAGGGCGAAUAAUUGCCAGUUAUGAUAAUAAUGACAAGUUUUUUAGAUGUUGGCUAGAGCCUUGUCACGGGUGUUCUUGGGAAUAAUUCUUUGUUUGCUCAGAUUCUGCAUGUGGCUUAUCAAUCUUCAGCUAAAUUUUUCGUACUGUUCUAAGCAAUCAGAAGGCUUUACAAUCCGUUUCAAUCAUUUGGAGGGAAAGGUCUCCAGCCAUUUCUCAGUUGAAACUUUGAAAACUGUAUACUUUUGGUAUCCCAAGGUUCUGACGACGCUUAUUAGAUUUGUUGUUCUGACUAAAGGAUUCCCAUGUUGGUUCUCAUGAUGUCCAUUCUAUAUGAUAAGGUUUGACCUUCGAUUAUAAGUUACCUGGUUUGCUCAUUUCGCUUGUCUCCUUGGGUUAACUGAAUGCAAUGGCUGCUUGCUCUCAGUAUUCUCCAUUACUGUAGGAAAAAAUCUCUGAUGUUCUUGAAAGAAGCAGAAUCAGUUGUGAGGACAUUUUUGUGUUAUUUCUGGGAUCAUCAAGAGAGUGUGUACUGUUAUAUUUUUCAACCUUCAAUUUUCUUGUGCCAUUCGAGAGAUUUUCAGAUUGUGCCAUUCCAGAAACCCGAAUGCAGUAAAGACGAGCACAGUACGGGCCCACUUGCCCAGGUGAUCGGGGCAGAUUCCAAAUCGCCUAGGGUAGGGGCCUACUUGCCAGUUUGAACCUCUCUGCUUAGGUGUUCUUCUAAUCUCUGGCCAUUUUAUUUUUGAACCCAAAAAGGAAAGCAAUGACCUUCCGACCUUUAAUUGGCAAUAUCAUUGAAAUGCUCUAGGGUUGACGAGCCUAUGGACAGGGUUUAGUCAAAUACAUCGUUGUUGAAAAUCUGUGAUAGAGAAAAUUUAGGGGACAGGCAAGUUACUAGUGCCACGAAUGCUGCAGAUAUUCCUAGAAUCUGAGAUGUCCAAGAUCAAGGGUUUGAUGGAUUUCUAUGUUUAAGUUGGCUGUUGUUAUAAUUAUUUAUUUAUUUCCUUAUGUCCUUCUCUUGUUGGAUUCUGAUAUUUGGCCAUCGCCUGGUAUUUCAAACAGCUAAAAAGAGAUUUCUUGAAGAAAACAGAAGCCAUUUCUACUCUUCUGUUUCAUUUCCUUGGUGAUGCUUUCUAGAAAUAGCCUAAAGAGAACACUUUUAAUUCAUUCAUUUGUUGUAUUAUUGUGAACUCAUUAUAAUUUUUCUGUUUUACUUCCUUCUUCGUGAUCAUCAAUAAUUUUGAAUAUAUAUUUUAAGACAUGGUCAAUUCGUCAUCAAUAUUUAAUUCUCGUAUUAUUUUAAUAUCACACCCAGCUUUCUGUUUCAUUUCGCUUCUCAUGUUUAUGAAGAAGCUAUGAUACGCCACCUUUAUAUAUAUAUAUAUAUAUAUAUAUAUAUAUAUAUAUUAACCCUGGGGACUUCUCCACAAAUAUUUUGCUUUUUGAGUACUACUGCACAGGCAUCCCAACCAUUACCGUUCUCAUGUCUUUAUGGAAUUUAGAAAAUAGCAAUUAUAUCUUUAUUCCUUAAAACCUCAUGUGUUCUUCCCCAAUUGUUUUUUUUAAUCAUUGCGAAUUCAUUCCUUCCAUUCUGCUUCACUUCCCACCCCCCCGCCCCAAUGUUGAUGAACAACUGAGAAAAUAGCACUUUUUUUCGAAGGAAAUCUCUGUGGGUUCUUCCCCAAUAUUUUACGUUUAUUUGAUUGCGAAUUCAUCAUGACCCUUCUGUUUCACUUUUUUUUUCUCAUGUUGAUGAACAACGGAGAAAAUAGCACUUUUCUAAAAGCAAAAAAUCUGUGGGUUCUUCAUCAAUAUUUAAUUUUAUUUUUAUGGCAGGUUCUUUGUGACCAAUCUGCUUCAUUUCCGUUCUUAUGUUUAUGAACAAUGUAGAAAAUCGUCCUUUUUUUGCAAAAAACUUCGUUUGUUCUCCACAAGUAUUUAAAUUUAUUACAACUUAACAUUCGUCCUGACCAUCCUUGCUCAUUUCCUUUCUGAUGUCUAUGAAAAAUUUAUAAAAUAGCACUCUUUUUCUUAGAAAAAAGAAAAUAUCUGUGGGUUUGGUUCUUCACCAAAAAAUUCCCUUUUGUAACCUUGCAUAAAUUUCAAAUUCUGCAGGACACCAGCAAGAAGUCUCCAAUGGAACUGAUCAAUGAAGUCCCCCCCAUCAAAGUCAAAGGCCGCAUUGUUUCCUGCCUUGGAGGUACCAUCAUCCAUGCCCAGACCUCUGACUUUGCCCCUGCUUCUCACGUUGACUUUCAAUCCUCAAAUCUCCAUGAGUCCUCAUAUAUAAUUCUUCGGCUCUUUGACGGCAGAUCUCAAUGCCAGCCUCGGCCACCCCAUUGAGUUCAUCUGCCUCGAUUCAAGUGAGCCGGCCGUGUGCAAGUACUGUGGACUCCGCUACACCCAGGAUCAUCAUCACUAG